AACCUUGUUGCUCUCUUGUCACUCUCCAAGUAGCUCUAGAGGAAACACAAAUGGCUCUGGUGUGCCACGCCCUCUUCUUCUUGGUAUUGGUGCCUCUUCUUGAAAGUAAAGAUACCACCACAUUGUUAGGAGAGGUGGGGGGAGCUGUGACCUUUCAGUGUUCAUCUGACCUCUCAAGACCUCUGAAGUGGUUUUACAUUCAUAGACCUGUCAAUGAGAGUGUCCAUGAGUUCAUCAAUGGCUACCAUUCAACAAAGCCCCUAGAUACAGAAUACGCAAAUCGAACGUACGUAAACCACAGCCAGCGAACCAUGAAAAUGUGGGAUCUGCGCCCGUCAGACGAGGGGUUGUAUGAAUGUCACAUAUCAACAUCCAAGAACAAAGUGAAAAUGCAGCUCCAGGUCACAGAUACCACCACAUUGUUAGGAGAGGUGGGGGGAGCUGUGACCUUUCAGUGUUCAUCUGACCUCUCAAAUACUGUGAAGUGGUUUUACAUUCAAAGACCUGUCAAUGAGAGCGUCCCUGUGUUCAUCAACGGCUACCAUUCAACAAAGCCCCUAGAUACAGAGUAUGCAAGUCGAACGUACGUAAACCACACCCAGCGAACCAUGAAAAUGUGGGAUCUGCGCCCGUCAGACGAGGGGUUGUAUGAAUGUCACAUAUCAACAUCCAAGAACAAAGUGAAAAUGCAGCUCCAGGUCACAGCCAACUACAGCAUCCCUAAAGUAACAGUAACCUGUUUCCAUGGAAAUUGCUUGGUGACUUGUUUUUCCAGCCCCGGUUACCCACGCGAGGAGGUCAAGUGGAGACUGUUUCCAAACCAGAGCCUGUGGAGAAUAGUGGACAGCAGUGAUUACAGGGACCCAGUCUCUCUGCUGUUUUCUGUCACCAGUUCCAUUGUGAUUAACUGCAGGCCUGGGCGGCUGCUGAACCUCAGCUGUGCUGUAGGGGGCGCAGUCUCACAAGAACACACCAUUUGUAAUUAGGAAAUAAUAGCCCCCUCUGGUGGUGCAGCAGCCAGAUAUAAUCUGUUUCUGUCAGGCUAAACUGGAGAAAGUGCUUUCUGGUUACUGAUCAGUUAUGCAUAUCCAAAUUUGCAUGCCAAUGCUGAAGACUGGUCAACAUAUUUAACAUAAACACUAUUUUUUGAUAGGUAACCUAUUAAAGUGUUACAUAGUUUUUAAAAUUAAUUCAAAGUCACUGGCAAGUGAAGACUCAAAGCUGUCUCACCACCUCCCCCACUAUGCGAUUCACUGGCCUAGGGAGUUAUACUAUGAGACACCUGGGGCCUCCCAAAUGAGAAAGUCCACUAACAGACUAACUUGUGCUUUGGAAGAUCUUUUUUUGGGUAUCUGCAAACAUACUAGGUGAAUAAAGUAUUUUCUUAGGUGUUUGGUGCUUUGA